AGGCAGUUGCAAAAACUCUGCUUGUCUGCUUUUUUGUUCAGCUUGUGGUUGUGUUGUUGAUUCAUAAUAUUUUACUGUUGUAGAUAGUCAGCUUCCCUGAGAGAUCCUUCUGACAAUGGAUACCUCUGAACCACUACCAAACAAUGAGACAGAAAACAAAACAGACGUACCGGUUACAAACCCUUCAGCUGUGCGUGAGGGUACAUCAACUGCAGCCAUUCCGAUUGCCACUGCAACUCCUGUCAACAAAACUGACACUCCAAAUACUGGGACACCAGCUACUCCCGCUUCAUUAGCAGUUGAAAAUGGCGGAACGAAACGGGGCGCCGCCGGCUUGCCAACUGCUGGCACGGCCAACAAUGCAAACAGUGCUGCCAACUAUCCCAACAAGGCAAAGAAAAGAAAGCGUACGCCACGAGAUUUGACUGCGCCCCGGCAACCUUUGAAUGGUUAUGUACGUUUCUUGAAUGAUAACCGCGAUAGGAUCAGAGGGGCAAAUCCCAACUUACCAUUCCCGGAAAUCACGAAAUUGCUGGCCUCAGAAUGGAGUAGCCUUCCCCAACAAGAAAAACAGCAAUAUUUGAACGCAGCUGAACAAGACAAGGAAAGAUAUAUUCAGGAAAUGAAUGCCUACAAGCAGACGGACGCUUACAAGAUGUAUGUAGCAGCAGCUAGAAUGCAAGCUAAUAAAAAACCAAAGGAUGAACCCCAGAAAGAGGAUAUCAAGCAGGAGAAUGAGAAAGAAUCAGAAGAUGGCUUCGACAUUCCAAUAUUCACUGAAGAUUUUCUCGAUCACAACAAAGCUCGAGAGGCAGAACUGCGUCAACUGCGCAAAAGCAACACCGAUUACGAACAGCAGAACGCCAUUUUGCAGAAGCACAUGGAGAAUAUGCGGGUGGCGGUAAGGAAGCUGAACGCGGAAACUGAACAGCAGCGAAGCAACAAUGCCGCCCUGCAACAACACCUACAGCAGCUCAGGACCACGCUAACGGCCAGUUUUGCCAACAUUCCACUCCCAGGAACCAAUCAACUACCUACCAUGCAAACGAUUGACAACUACAUGUCGAAACUGCACACUCUGCUAAUGGAUGCGUCCAAUCACCAGUUAGCUGCCACGGUCAGGGAAAUCAUCACCAAUCGGAUGGAUCUCUGCUGAGUCAAAGACUAAUGAAAUGUGUAAAAACUGGAGUAAGUUUAUUUGAAUUUAUGAGACAUUUCAAUGAAAUCUAAUUACCGUACAUUAUCACCAAUCGGAUGAAUCUCUGCUGUGUCAAAGACUAAUGAAAUGUGUAAAAACUGGAGUAAGUUUUUUUAAAUUUAUGAGAGAUUCCAAUGAAAUCUAAUUACCGUACUUGAAUGUUGAUUCAUUGAGAGUGGUUACUGUGUCAAAAGUUAAGGGACUGGAAUAACCAACCAGCUGUUUAAAAAGAAUGAUUUAUUUCAACAUACUAAUACAUGGUUAUAAGCGAUGUACGCUCUACGAGCUCUGCAACAGACUGGCUCGAAAAAGCAACUAAACUAAUGGCUAGUAAAUAACAAUGCCUAGCUACAUCAGCAUUAUAAAGCGGGUUACCAAAUGUAACUAAAGACUAGAAAAUUGUGUGUAAAAACUGGAGGAGUUUUAUUUUGGUACAUGAGGAUUUUUUAUAGUAUUGAUUGGGAUGUGUUGAGUUCAUGUGCAUUGGUUAAGCUGCGUUUACAUUAAUCAAGUUCCUUUGAAAUCAAGUUUUUUAAUUUUCGAGUUGAAUGGACGAUUUUGAAAACAUGUCAGUUCACUUGAAUAACUCAACAGUAUGUAAUUACGAAGUAAAAAAUAGAAUUUGUUUCAAAGUUUUCUUCUCUUUUUCAUACUUUUCUAUUAUUUUGUUUUUUAUACAUUCUGCAUUGACUGACAAGUGUAUUUAUCUCAUUUCCCCAUUUGUAGGUUUGAUUGUACCUGGACGAACUCAUUUUCAACAGUAUUUUAUCAUGAAAUGUCAGUGUAAUUUGAUUUUCAAGAUUCAAGUUGAAUCCAAAAGUCAAACAUGUUGAAAAUCGACCAAGAAAACUUGAAGAAGGGUCUACAUUGGUAUAGUGGAUUCAAGUUUCUGUGAACUUGUAAACUUGACUUCAAGUUUGCGAAGUGCAUUCAUUUUACACAAAACUUGGAUUCAAGUAAACUUGACUUAUGUAAACGCCCCUUUACUGUGUAAAGGAUAAACAAAUGUGUUGAAAACGAAAGGAAUUUUAUUCAAAUUUAUGUUAAAUUUUUAUGAAGGAUGACUUUAGUAUUGAGUUGGAAUAGGUCUAUGAUUCAUAGGGAGUGGUUACGCUACUGUGUAAAUAAAACAAAAUGUGUAGAAACGAGAGAAUUUUUAAUGUAUGAUGUUUAUAGUAUCGUACUGGAAUAGGCCUACGUUUAUUCAAGGGGAGUAGUUCAUUUGUGUUUUUUUCUAAAAGAAGGAUAUUUGUAUAAUUUUCUUAUACUGUAAGUUCAGCCAGAAAAUAUAUUAGUGUUUCUGAAUUGUA